AUCUCUUUUAGGCAAUCGCCCGCCACACAGCUAGCUUCUUAGUUAACCUUUUUGCCAUGGUUUUUGGCUUGUUAGGAAUGCAUAUAUUUGUGGGUGUUUUUGACUGAAAAUUCAUUUGAUAAGAGUUGGCAGGUUAAACAAUGGAGCCCACAUAUUUGCUGCAUGGGACACUUAUUGCAAAAAUAAUUGGGGUUGAUGUGCUGCUCUAUGGAUGUAAAGAGAACUUCUGCAUUGAGACGAUGGGCGUAAGCAAGUUGCAGAAAAGGUUUAUAGCGAAAAUCAAGAGACUGUUCUUAGGUCCACAGCUGUAUGCAACAGUUGAUCUAGACAGAGCGAGGGUCGGGCGGACAAGUGUGGUAAGACAUAAAGCCUCCUCGCCCCAGUGGAACGAGACCUUCCGCAUAUAUUGUGCCCAUUCCAUCACAAAUGUUAUAUUCACUGUUAAGGAUAACAGUCCCAUCGGGGCAGUCCUGGUUGGCAGAGCUUAUUUACCCGUCAAGGAUAUACUCGGUGGGGAUACCGUGGCACGCGAAGUUGAUAUACUUGAUGAAGAUGGUAAACGAAUACCUGGAGAUUCCAAAAUCAAGGUGGAGUUGAGAUUUUUGGGUGUUAGCCAGGAGGGAAAUUGGUCCCAGGGAAUCAAAUACCCUGACUUCGGGGGAGUUCCUUUUACUUUCUUUAGACAGCGAGAGGGCUGCAAGGUUACCCUCUACCAGGAUGCCCAUAUUUCAGAUGGUUUCAACCCAAAAAUAAGUCUAUCUGGAGGGAAGCUUUAUGAACCUCAGAGAUGCUGGGAAGACAUCUUUGACGCAAUCGAUAAGGCAAAACAUUUCAUUUAUAUAACUGGUUGGUCUGUGUACACUAAUAUAACCUUGAUAAGGGACCCAAGGAAGGAAAAGCGUGGGAGAAGUGAUACACUUGGGGAUCUCCUCAUAAAGAAGGCUAAUGCUGGCGUGAGAGUUCUUUUGCUUGUUUGGGAUGACAGAACUUCCAUUGACACACUGAAAGAGGAAGGCUUGAUGUCAACCCAUGAUGAAGAAACCGCUCAUCUCUUUCGGUACACGGAAGUGCAUUGCGUUCUAUGCCCUCGUAACCCUGAUAAUAAAAAAGGCAUUGUUGAGGGCAUUAAAGUUGCUACUAUGUUUACUCACCAUCAGAAAACACUAGUUGUUGACGGUGAAAUCCCUGGCUCAGAAAUGCGAACGGUUGUCAGUUUUAUUGGUGGCAUUGAUCUUUGUGAUGGGAGGUACGAUACUCAAGACCAUCCUCUCUUCCAGACUUUGAACGGCAUUCAUCAUGAUGAUUUCCAUCAACCAAACUUUAAAAACUCUUCAAUUAAGAAAGGUGGUCCGAGGGAGCCUUGGCAUGAUAUUCACUGCAAGCUAGAAGGUCCUAUUGCUUGGGAUGUUCUGUACAAUUUUGAACAAAGGUGGCUAAGACAAGCUCGGUGGAAGAAACAUCUCCUCCUUCGGCUAGACAACCUUGAGAAAAUGACAGUCCGCCCAACCCAAAUUGUGCCUUUAUAUCCCAGUGACACAUGGAGUGUCCAGUUGUUUCGAUCUAUUGAUAAUGGGGCUGUCGUUGGCUUUCCUGAAAAACCUGAGGUUGCAAGUGAGGUCGGCCUUCUGAGUGGGAAAAAUAACAUUAUUGAGCGAAGCAUUCAAGAUGCUUAUAUCAAUGCAAUUCGCCGAGCAAAGAACUUUAUUUACAUUGAAAAUCAAUAUUUCCUGGGAAGCUCCUUUGGUUGGAAAACUGAGGAUAUCAAGAUUGAGGAAAUUUCUGAUAUUGCUGCUUUAAAUCUUAUACCAAAGGAGCUAUCCCUAAAGAUUGCAAGUAAAAUUGAAGCAGGGGAGAGGUUUUCUGUCUACAUUGUGAUUCCAAUGUGGCCAGAAGGUGUACCAGAAAGUGGUCCUAUUCAGGCAAUUUUAGAUUGGCAAAGAAGGACAAUUGAGAUGAUGUAUUCUGAUGUCGCCGGAGCCCUUCAAAGGAAGGGGCUGAAUGCACGCCCCCGAGAGUAUUUGGCAUUUUACUGCCUUGGGAACCGGCAGAUAAAGAAGACCGAAGAGUAUAUACCAACAGAGCGACCAGAUCCUAAUUCAGAUUAUGAGAGAGCUCAACAGUCACGCCGCUUUAUGAUCUAUGUCCAUUCAAAGAUGAUGAUUGUUGAUGAUGAGUACAUAAUCAUUGGAUCUGCCAACAUCAAUGAGAGGUCAAUGGCUGGUUCAAGAGACUCUGAGAUUGCAAUGGGAGCAUUUCAACCAUAUCAUUUAGCAACUACGCAACCAGCAAGGGGUCAGAUCUUUGGUCUGCGAAUGGCUCUUUGGCAUGAACAUCUUGGACGGCGUCAUGACUUCUUCGACAAUCCAGAAAGCGAGAAAUGUGUCCAGCUAGUGAAUUCUAUUGCUGACGAACACUGGAAAUUGUACUCAAGUAGUGAAACAUUUGUCCAGGAUCUGCCAGGUCACCUACUACCCUACCCCAUUCACGUCGGGGAUGAUGGAUCAGUUUCAACCCUUCCAGGGACUGGGUUUUUCCCUGACACCAAUGCUCGAGUCCUUGGAAGCAAAUCUAACAUCCUUCCUCCAAUUGUUACCACUUAGUAUCCAUAUCUAACCAGUCAAGAUAGCAGUUCAAAAAUUGUUUCCAUUGACAAAUAGUUGUAACAAUCAUAUUUGUCUUAAAUUGCAGAAUAUGUUCAUCACAGUGCUGCUUGAAUCGGGCACUUGAAUUGAAAGCUUUGCAGUCAAUUCCAAUCAACAAAUAAGAAAACUUUAAACAUAAAAGAUUCAACAAACCCUCAAAAGUUAAUGCAUAUAUGCUCAUUUUCAAGAUUUAAAUUCUCAUUUCUCCCUUGGAAACUUCCAAGUGGAGUUAAGUGGUUGCUUCUUAAUAAAUACUAUUGGCAUUUUGUGCAUCAAGCUAAUCCGAUUAGUAGCAUUAUAUACUCCUCUGUACAAGGAAAAAAAAAAAGAAGAAACCAUAUUUUUUUGGUUCAAGGGGAUACUUGUUUUUUCCAAGAUAAGGAAAUUUAUAGAGAAAAAAAUAAGAGAAAAUACAAUGAACAAAAUUCAAAACCUUUAACUUUGUACAUGGGAUUAAUAUUCUUUACCCUAAUUUCUUUUCCAGGUUCAAAAAUGGUAAUGCAAGAACCUAAAAUUUUUGUAUUUAUUUCUUUCAGUUUCAUUUAUUUUCUCCCUUGUCUUAACCCAAAUUGCGAACUAAAUGAAGUUUUAAGAUUAAUGUCUUUUAAUGUACUCCUCCGUCUGUAAAUAUUUGUUCCCCGUAGAGAUUAGGAUGAAAACUUUGACUCUGGAUGCAUUUUAUAUUAAAAUUUGAUUAAAAAAAUGGAUAAUAAAAGGAUGGAGGCAAUAAUUCAAACUAAACAAAAAAAAAUGUUAAAAAAAAAACCACUCUAUUAUGGCUACUUGUGAGAUGAACAUCUGAGGAAAUUGUACAAGCCUACUUAUUAUUGAACAAGUAUUUGCAAUCACCUUUUCCAAAAACUAGUUAGGUUGUUGAAAAGAACAGACUGAUAACUGAGAAAUGGGUGAAAAUUUAGCAUGCAAAAGCAAGCAGAUUGAAUGAAUUAUAUGCAAGUCUAAUUUCCAGGAAAGCUCUCAAGUUAAACCUUUUAG